AUGAGCGACUUGAGCGCGGACCAAAAGCCAAGGAAGAGGAAGUGGGACGUGGCGGAGCCCUCUCCCGCUGGUGGCGAGCAGGCAGCGCCUGCCGCUCCCCCGUCCCUCCCACCCUAUGCACCAGUUGGUGCACCUGCCGUUGGCGCCGGCGCCGGCGCUGGCGCUGGCGGUGAUGCUCCCUCCUACCCUCCCAUGGGUGGUGGCGUGUACGGCGCCCCUCCACCCGGCGGACUCAUCGAUCCGACCAACCCGGCUUCCAUCGCCGCUUUCGCCGCCAGCCGGCUCAACGCCAUGCUCGCCGCCAAGGGAGCUGCGCCCACCACGGCAGCGGCUGCCGCCGCCGCCGCGCCUCUGCCGCCACCGCCAGUCAAGGAGGAGGGCGUGAUUGCAGAAGUCGAGAUCAACAACUGUCCGCCUGCCGUGCGCUACCUUCUGACCAAGGGUGUCACCCACCAGGAGAUUCAACAGCAGACGGGGGCCACGGUGAUAUCCCGUGGCCGGUUCAGGCCGCCGCACGAGGCCGACCUGCCGGUGACCUCCCCCGCCGACCGGCCGCUCUACCUCCACGUCUCGGCCGCCACCCAGCAGGAAGUGGACAACGCCGUCAGCAAGAUCAACACCCUCAUGAAGGGGGAGAUAUCGCCCUUUCGGUCGUCGCGGGAGGAGCAGACCGCCAAGGUGUUCGUGGGCAUCGAUCUGGCGGAGGCCCGACGAAUGAACUUUAACUACGUGGGCAAGAUAAUUGGGCCGAAGGGAGCCUAUGUGAAGCACAUCGAAGCGCAGUCGCGGGCUCGGGUGCAGCUGAAGGGGCGGCGAUCCGAUAAUCCCGCCGAGCAGCCCGAAGACGAAGAGGAGAUGCACCUCCUCAUCAUCGCCAGCAACAAGCAGGCGCUGGAGUCGGCCAAGAAAUUGUCGGAGGACCUGCUCGACACGGUGCGAGAAGAUUUUGAGGAGCACAAGAAGAACUUUGCCGCUCGCGCCAGCGGUCCACCGAUGGGCGGCUACGGCGGUGGCUACCCUCCCCGCAAUGCCUCCGUAUGGUGCGCCGCCGCCUACGGCGGAGCCUAUGGCGGCUACGGCGGCUACGGCGCGCCGACGCCCUACGGCGCCUACCCGCCCGGCGUCGUCCCUGGAAUGCCGCCCGGCGUGCCGCCGUACGGCCAGCCCCCCGGCGCCUACCCGCCGGGCGCCUCCGCCCCGUACGGCCAGGCCCCGUCGCCCUACGCACCCGCUGGCGCGCCGCCGGGCGCCGAAUCCUACGCCGCCUACGGUCAGCCCUACGGCUACGGCUACGGCAUGUACGCGGGCUACCCGCCCGGUGCGGCGCCACCACAGCCGCCCGCGCCCACGGGUCCGCCCGGCGCCGCGACGGAGGGAGGCGCCGCGGCGACGGCGGAGGGCGCCGGUCAGUCGUCGGAGGAUUCCGGCCCGCCCGGCGCCGCCGCCGACGGCAGCACGUCGCCGCAGGCCUCGCGCCGUUUCCAGGAGUACCCCGUCGCCAAGAAACCGCGCGCCGAUGAAGAUGACGGCGAGCUCGGCCCCAAGAGGCCCACGGCUGAAGAGUACUCCACUUCGCGCCACGCCCUACCUGAACCCGCUCCCGAACCGUACGUCGCCAAAUAUGAGCCCUACGCGCCGGCGGCCGAUUCUCGCCGACCAUCCGGACGGGCGGACUACGGCGAUGGAGCGGCCGCUUCGGCGUCGUCGUACUCCUCGUACUCCUCGUCUUCUGCUACGCAAACCUCGGCCGCUGCUGCCACGACCAGCAACGGCCAAGCGCCACCAGCGCCCGCUGCCGCUGCCGCUGCGGCCAAGCCCGCUCUUCCCUUCUGGGCCGCCAGCCCUUACUCUCAGAGCCCGCUCGCGGCUGUGUCGCAGCAGCCACAGGGAGGCGACACCUCGGCGGCGUCGUCAUCGUCGUCAGCGCCAUCGUCGGCAGACGCCAGCUACAACGAACUCAUGCGCGAGCUGGGCAUGGGACGGCACUCGUAG